CCUUCAAAAAACAAAUUAUUUUCAUCUAGAACUAUGUAUCAGAACCAAAACAAUAUUCAGUAAUGGCUUUUAACCUGCUUUGUGUUCUUUCCUUGCUUCUGCUGCCAUGUUUAGCAACUGCACAAAACAAUGGAACUAUAAGUGUAGGUCAGUAUAUCACUGCAGCUUAUAAUUCACAGCCAUGGCUUUCUCCUUCCAGGGACUUUGCUUUUGGUUUUCACAAACUUGACAAUAAGGAUCUCUUCUUGCCUGCCAUUUGGUAUUACAAGAUUCCAAGCAAAACCAUAGUUUGGUAUGCUUCAGCUGAUAAGCCUGCACCAAGAGGAUCAAGAUUAGGGCUAACUGCUGACCGCGGAUUGGUGCUUGAUGGCCCUGAUGGCCAAGAGAUAUGGAAAUCUGGUAUUACUAUGAGUGCAGCUGCGUUUGGUUUUAUUGAUGAUACGGGCAACUUUGUGGUGGCAGAUGCAAAUUCUGAAAUGUUAUGGCAGAGUUUUGAUGAUCCUGCUGAUACUUUGCUCCCUUCACAGAAAAUGGAAAGGGGUGGAGUGGUUUCUUCCAAACGAUCGGAGACUGAUUUCUCUCGAGGAAGGUUCCAAUUUCGUUUGCUCCAGGAUGGAAAUGCUGUGCUGAAUACUAUAAACUUGCCUAGUGGCUUCGCAUAUGAUGCCUAUUUUUGGAGCAAUACAUUUGAUCAAAACAAGUCAAAUGCCGGUCUCCAAGUGGUGUUUAAUGAAUCAGGCUAUUUGUAUGUUGUGAGGGAAAACAAUCAAAAAGUUUUUCUCACACCUGGAACAAUAGUCUCAUCUCAAGAAAAUUAUCACAGAGCAACUCUCAAUUUUGAUGGUUCUUUUGUGCUCUAUACUCAUUCCAAGAAUACCAAUGGAAAUAAUGGUAUCUGGUCAGUUGUUCGCACCAUGCCGGAUAACAUCUGUUUUACCAGCGGUCUUCGUGAACGAUUAGGCAGUGGAAUUUGUGGGUAUAACAGCAUCUGCACUCUCAAUUCAUUGCAAAGACCAAACUGUUCAUGCCCAAAAGGGUUUUCUUUGUUUGAUCCAGAUGAUACAUACGGAAACUGCAAGCCGGAUUUCAUCCAAGGCUGUGAAGAAGAUGGGGCGAAAUCUGGAGAAGAUCUAUACUAUAUGGAAGAGCUGAAAGGUACUGAUUGGCCAACUUCUGACUACGAGAAACUUAAGCCUUCUAGUAGAGAGGAGUGUGAAUCGUCUUGCUUAAAGGAUUGCCUGUGUUCUGCAUCUAGGAUUAGAUUUGAUAGCUGUUGAAAGAAGAAUUUACCACUCUCCUAUGGGAAAAUGAACCCUGCUGAUAAUGGGACAACUUUCAUCAAAAUUAGGAAAGGCGAAGCGAAUGGAAAGAAGAGGAGGGAUAUAUUCAUUGUGGUGGGAUCUGUACUCUUUGGCAGCUCUGUGUUUGUCAACUUGAUAUUAGUUGCUGCUAGUUGCCUUGGCCUUCUAGUUGUUAAUCAAAGAAAACUCACGAGGUCUCAUCCGGAAAAAGGUGUUUCGCAUAUGAAUUUGUGCUGCUUUACCUAUAACGAGCUUGUAGAGGCCACUCAUGGAUUCAAGGAAGAAUUAGGAAGGGGGGCCUUUGGUACUGUUUACAAAGGGUGCAUGGAUAUUGCUCCUGAUAAUCUUGUUGCAGUGAAGAAGUUAGAUAGAGUAUUUCAAGAUUGUGAGAAGGAAUUCAAAGCUGAAGUGAAUGUAAUUGGCCAGACACAUCACAAGAAUCUGGUUCGACUUCUUGGAUUCUGUGAUGAGGGACAAAACCGGUUAAUAGUAUACGAGUUUAUGAGUAAUGGUACUUUGGCCAGCUUCCUCUUCGGAGACUGUAAACCGAAUUGGAAACAGAGGACCGAUAUUGCCAUGGGCAUUGCCAGAGGGCUAUUGUAUCUUCAUGAGGAGUGCUGCACCCAGAUCAUCCAUUGCGAUAUAAAGCCUCAAAACAUACUUCUUGAUGAUUAUUACAAUGCUCGGAUAUCUGACUUUGGAUUGGCAAAGCUUUUGACAUUGAAUCAGAGCCAUACUAGUACUGCCAUCAGAGGAACAAAAGGGUAUGUUGCACCAGAAUGGUUCAGGAACACGCCAGUCACUGUAAAAGUUGAUGUGUACAGUUUCGGAGUGCUGCUUCUGGAGAUCAUUUGCCUUCGAAGAUGUGUCGAGAAGGAAGCGAGCACAGUUGAUAAAGCAAUUCUAACUGAUUGGGCUUAUGACUGUUAUCAGGAAAGACGAUUGAGUACUCUAGUUGAAGAUGAUCCGGAUGCCAUCAGUGACAUGAAUAAGCUGCAGAGGUUUGUGAUGGUUGCAAUUUGGUGCAUCCAAGAAGAUCUGUCUCUUCGCCCCACGAUGAGGAAGGUUAUACAGAUGCUUGAUGGAGUUCUUGAAGUACCUUUUCCGCCAUGUCCAUGGCCAUUCAACAUUACAAGCUGAAAUUAGCUUUUUAUUGCUUUUCUGAAGCACUUUCAAUCAGGUACUCAGUACAAUAGUGUACCCAAUGUAUAAUCUUCCUAGACGUCAUUUAUCCGUUGUUGAUCUUGUACUCUUUUCCGCUAGAUCGUUGUAUUGUUUUUUUAUAGUUUUGUGUUAGUACUAUCUAAGAGAACUCAAUAAAUAAAUGUAUUAUAGUUGCUAUGAUUUC